CAGAGACACUUUUUUGUGCAGAGUCCCGGAACAUGACUGACACCGCAGCCGCCGAAACGGCUCCUCCAGCCGCUCCUGCCGCCCAGGUCAAGACUCCCAAGAAGAAGAAGAAGGCGGCUCCCCGGAGCGGAGUAGCCGGUCCCAAGCUGGGCGAGCAGAUCCUCAAGGUUGUGGCGGAUUGCAGCGAUCGCAAGGGAAUGUCGCUGCCCGCCAUCAAGAAGGCGCUGCGCGGCAAAGGGCUGGAUGUGGAUAAACUCGGCUCCCAGAUCAAGCAAAGCAUCAAGAGGAAUGUGAAGAAUGGCUUCCUGGUUCAGGUCAAGGGCACGGGCGCCUCGGGAUCCUUCAAAGUCCCUAAGAACACACCCCAGGGGAAAGUGGGGAAGAAGGCGAAGGCAGCAGCUGGCAAGAAAUCUCCAGUGAAGAAAGCGGCAGCCAAGAAGGUGACGGCAAAGAAAGCAGCGGCCAAGAAAACUCCAGUCAAGAAAGCAGCAGCCAAGAAAUCCCCAGCGAAGAAAGCAGCAGCCAAGAAAUCCCCAGCCAAGAAAGCAGCAGCCAAGAAAACAGCCAAGAAGUCGGCAACUCCAAAAAAGCCGGUGAAGAAAGCAGCCCCCAAGAAAAAGUCUCCUGCCAAGAAGGUGCCGGGUGUCAAAAAAGUGGCGAAAGCGAGGGCCAAGCCCAAAACGAGAUAAACAAAGACAGGAAAGAAGGGAAAUGUCCCGAGCAAAUUGUAAACCUCUGAAACCCAAAGGCUCUUCUCAGAGCCACCCACAUUUCACAUGAAAGAGCUGAUCCCCUGAUCAUUUGAUCCCUAUCUCGAAGCUAGGAGCAGAUUCCAGAUGGAAAUGUUUCGUUUUCCUCCCACGUAAAUCCUAUUUUCCCGCUCACUCACUGACACUGUCAGCACUCGACCCCUCCCCAACUAUGCAACAAAACUCAGGGAUGACCUUACAGCUCCCUAACCGGAAUGUUUAAGAGUGCAUUCAAUGUUUAUCUUUUCUUUAUUCACAUUAUCAAGGUGAGAGUCAGCAAUAGAGUGAGCAUCGUUCCAAUGUCUGCCUCACAACUAAGGCCCAUACAUGUUGUUUCUCUAAUUCUGUUUGAAGAGAUGUUAGCGGAUUUCUCAAUCCCAUUUUGCAGUGUGGAGGAGAGGGGUAGGAGGCGAGUCUAGAGUUGUGUUGGUAUAGCACAGGACAGGGAUUGAAAUAGAUGCAGACAUUUGACUUUUAAUAAAAAUGCAUUAUCGAGGGCGGGGGGAUAUUAAUUUGAGGAUUGGAUUUAAUACCUACGAUUUUCUGACUAGUUGGUUUAUGACGUUGAAGUAUUUCAGUUUCUUUUAAAGUUUU